AUGGCCGGCAGCGCCCGCAUCGUGCGAUACCUUCUCAUCGCUUCUUUCGUUGUCGCCCUCUUCUUUUUCGUCUCGCGAUCUUCGUAUGAUGGCGUUCCCCUCCGGCCCGACAUUCUGAGCGGCGGUGCCCAGGGUGCUGCGAACAAGCCCACUGCCCAGCAGCCGCCCGCCGGUCCAGCCGCGAAUACCAACACCAACACCAACACCAAUGCGAACAGCAACACCAAGCCGCCCGCCUUCUCCAACAAGGAUGCCGCCGAGCACCCCAUGGCUUUGACCCCCGGGGAGCCCGAGUGGGAGGACCUCGUGAGCAUCGCCCCCGGCCCUCGCAUGAACGCGACCUUCGUCACGCUCGCCCGCAACUCGGACGUCUGGGAGAUCGCCCGCUCCAUCCGCCAGGUCGAGGACCGGUUCAACCGCCGGUACAACUACGACUGGGUCUUCCUCAACGACAAGCCCUUCGACGCCACCUUCAAGAAGGUCACCUCGUCCCUCGUCUCGGGCAAGACCCACUACGGCGAGAUCCCCCACGAGCACUGGUCCUUCCCCGACCACAUCGACCAGGAGAAGGCCCAGAAGGUGCGCGAGGACAUGAAGCAGAAGAAGAUCAUCUACGGCGACUCGGUCAGCUACCGCCACAUGUGCCGCUUCGAGUCGGGCUUCUUCUUCCGCCAGCCCCUCAUGAUGAACUACGACUACUACUGGCGCGUCGAGCCCAGCGUCGAGCUGUUCUGCGACAUCCACUACGACCCCUUCCGCCUCAUGAAGGAGCAGAAGAAGAAGUACAGCUUCGUCCUCAGCCUGUACGAGUACGUCGAGACCAUCCCCACUCUCUGGGACAGCACCAAGAAGUUCAUCAAGAACUUCCCCGAGCACAUCGUCCAGGACAACGCCAUGGGCUUCCUCUCCGACGACGGCGGCGAGACCUACAACCACUGCCACUUCUGGUCCAACUUCGAGGUCGGCGACCUGAACUGGCUCCGGUCCAAGGCCUACACCGACUUCUUCGAGUCCCUCGACCAGGACGGCGGCUUCUUCUACGAGCGGUGGGGCGAUGCCCCCGUCCACUCCAUCGCCGCCGGCCUGCUGCUGAGGAAGGACGAGAUCCACUUCUUCAACGACAUUGGCUACUACCACGUUCCCUUCACGCACUGCCCGACCGGCGAGAAGGUCCGGACGCAGCUGCGGUGCCACUGCGACCCCAAGAACAACUUUGACUGGAAGGGGUACUCUUGCACGUCAAGAUUCUUCGAGGUCACCGGGAUGGACAAGCCCGAGGGCUGGGAGAACCAGCAAGAUUAG